GUUUAAAUAGGGCGUGGAAAGUGUAGUUGGGGGAGCAUCGUGAAUCUCUUGAUUGAACGCUUGAAUCUAGUUUGGAUCUCGUUCCAGUUGCGUACUGAAUCGUCCUAUUCGCUUGUGCUGCCUUACCUUUACCAGGUAAGAAACUGCCUUUUGCCUUACCGCGGAGAGCAGGGGGAGCCUGAGCAAAUCUUAGACGAAUCCUCGAGCUCGUUCUUCCAUUUCAUCCUUGUAAUAUUGCUCAUGAACUCUGGUACUCCCCUUCUCCAUUGCUCUUUCCCGGUACAGUCUCAGUAACAUAUCCAAUGCAAUAUCCUUCGCCAAAUAUCCUUUUGGCUCUCUUACACUGUCCCCUUUGCUCCCCAUCUCGUCUUUUGACAGACCCGACCACUCUACGAUGCGGUCAUACUGUCUGUUCCUCGCAUAUCACCUCGGAUUCAUGCCCAGUCCCUUGCUGUUCGUCUACUCCAUCGAAUUUCACCCCCGUCAUUCCAACUAGUUCUCGAGUCGCGUUCUUCCCAGCGACGUCAGAAUCCCAUGACCAUACGAACUCUACCGAACCAGGUGAACGAAGAAUUGACGUCAGAGUGAGAAAGUUGGUGGAAUUGGUAAAGAAUGCCGCAGAGGAUUGCGCCGAGCAGCGUGACCUCCUUGUGGACACCUAUUCUGACUCUGAAGACGACUCCGACAGCGAACAGCAUGAACCACUCGGUCUUCCAUCGUCCUCAUCAUCAGCUGCACGUCCUGUGACACCCGUCUCUGGCCUGUCGGGUUCCAUUGAUACAUCUUCCCCUGCCUCGUCGUCUUCUCGACCACGGAAGCGACGUCGACGUCGACGUCAUACGUCCAAUUCGCGUUUGCCGGAUUUUCAUCCUUCUGGCCCAGGGGACGCAUCGCUAGCCGAAUUUGACAAGAACCUCAUAACGGAGUUGACAUGUGAGAUCUGCUUUAUGCUGUUUUACCAGCCUGUCACAACGCCUUGUCAACAUUCGUUUUGCUCCAAAUGCUUACAAAGGUCGCUAGAUCAUAGCAUGUUAUGUCCGAUAUGUCGCGUGGAAUUGCCUGGCUUCGCUUACUUUCAUGAACACCCGCACAACAAAGUUAUACUUGCUCUUCUGCUCAAAGCUUACCCUGAGUCCUAUGACACAAGGGGACAAGCAAUCGUGGCAGAAGAGCGUGACGCGCGUUUAGACACGCCCAUUUUUGUUUGCCAAUUAUCUUUCCCGGGCAUGCCAACACUCUUGCAUUUCUUCGAACCACGCUACCGGUUAAUGCUCAGGCGUUGCCUCGAGGCCCCGACACCAACCUUUGGCAUGAUAACGCCUCCACGUGCAGCACCUGUUGCUGGUCUCGGCGUUGAUGCGGGCGCAGAUUUUGGUACCAUGCUUGAGAUCCGCAGUGUCCAGAUGCUGCCAGACGGGCGGAGCAUGGUGGAAACUUGGGGCACGCAUCGGUUCAGGAUACUCGAACGCGGAUCUCUAGAUGGGUACAUGAUCGGAAGGGUGGAACGGAUCGACGAUUAUGAAGACCUUUUUGAUGACUGGGAGUCUGAGAUCGAGGAAAACGCUGAUUCCUCGUCAUCCGCAUCAUCAUCGUCUUCUAGCGCCUCGGGCCAUGCACCACCACCACCACCACCUCAACAUCUUCUCUCGCGCAUCAUGUCGAACCUGUCACAACCUCCAUCACCCACCAACCCUCCUCUGAGCACCGCCGCGCUCCUUCAAACAUGCCACACGUUUCUGGAGCAGCUUCGUGCAGGCACUGCGCCGUGGGUGGUCCAGCGUCUAAACCACACAUACGGUCCGCAGCCGCCUGACGAGGACCCUGAUGCGUUCUCCUUCUGGAUGGGAAUGGUGCUCCCGAUAGACGAGCACGAGAAGGCCAAAUUACUACCCAUUAAAAGCGCGCGUCUCCGUCUGCGGAUGGUCGUGGGCUGGAUCGAACAGUUGAAUAGUAAUUGGUGGUUUUCGAGUGGAUGCAUUGUCAUAUAGCCCUGUUCAUUCACAACAUAAUCCCUUGUUACACCACGGAACCAACGUGAUCACGAUGGAGGAGAGGAAAUAAAGAAAAAUGGAGUUUGUUUAAUGUGUAUCAGUACUCUAUCCACGUACCGUAUCAUCCGCACUGAUUUUAUUUAGUACCAUCAUCUGCUGGAGUGUAUCCUACCCAUGCGCUCUAUUUAUCCCCAUUUUCUCUUUAGCUCUUCACUUGGUUACUUCUGCAUCGGUUACUGGAAUCUGGACUAUUAGUAUUAGGUUGAUUUUUUCCUGUUGAAGUACUUGAAGUACUAUAUAUGCUUGACGGUGCCUCAAUGCCAGUCUUGACCCCAACCGCCACAUUUUUGGCAAGGGUAUAGCGGAAAUAAAGCCUGGCCUCCGCAAACAAUUAAUCGUGCGUGUAUAAGGAGCGGGUUGCGAAGUGCCUUCAAGCUAG